AUGGCGCUGGACAACUACUAUCGCAAUAAGAUCGAGAGCAUGAAGCUCGAGAUUAUCCAAGGUCAGGCUGUUUUACGUCGACUAGAAGCACAGCGCAACGACUAUAAUUCGCGAGUUCGUCUACUACGAGAGGAGUUGGGCUUGCUUCAACAACCUGGUUCUUAUGUGGGAGAGGUCGUGAAGGUGAUGAGCACCAAGAAGGUUCUUGUCAAGGUACAUCCAGAAGGAAAAUAUGUCGUCGACAUUGCAGACGGGGUCGAUAUUACGAAACUUACCGUAGGCAAGCGUGUCGCGUUGCUUUCCGACUCUUAUAAAUUAGAGAAGAUGUUGCCAUCAUCUGUCGACCCGCUCGUUUCGCUUAUGAUGGUCGAGAAGGUUCCUGACAGCACAUACGAUAUGAUUGGAGGCCUUGAUCAACAAAUUAAGGAGAUCAAGGAAGUCAUUGAGCUUGGUCUCAAGCACCCGGAACUGUUCGAAUCUCUUGGUAUUGCGCAGCCCAAAGGUGUUCUUCUUUACGGGCCUCCCGGAACUGGUAAAACACUGCUCGCCCGAGCGGUAGCCCAUCACACAGAUUGCCGAUUCAUCAGGGUCAGCGGGUCGGAACUCGUUCAGAAAUACAUUGGUGAGGGCAGUCGCAUGGUUCGCGAGCUGUUUGUCAUGGCUCGAGAACACGCACCAAGCAUUAUCUUCAUGGAUGAGAUUGACAGUAUCGGUUCCAGCCGCAUAGACUCGGCUGGCUCUGGCGAUUCGGAAGUGCAGCGUACAAUGUUGGAGUUGCUCAAUCAGUUGGAUGGGUUUGAGCCCACAAAAAACAUCAAAAUCAUCAUGGCUACAAAUCGACUUGAUAUCCUGGAUCCCGCUUUGCUGCGGCCCGGAAGAAUUGACCGGAAGAUCGAGUUUCCUCCACCAUCGGUGGAAGCUCGUGCCGAUAUUCUACGCAUUCACUCACGGUCGAUGAACCUGACGCGAGGCAUCAACUUGACGAAGAUUGCGGAGAAGAUGAAUGGAUGCUCAGGAGCAGAACUGAAGGGUGUGUGCACCGAGGCAGGCAUGUACGCGCUUCGGGAACGGCGAGUCCACGUCACACAAGAAGAUUUUGACCUGGCCACUGCCAAGAUUCUCAACAAACACGAUGACAAGGAGGUUGCUGUCUCCAAACUAUUCAAGUAG